AAAAUAAUAUGUGACAUAAUUUUUCGAUAAAUAAAUAGUUACUUCUUAAAUUUAUUACAAUAAUAAAUUGAUUUCGAAAACUUAACUGGCGUAUUCGGUGAAUGCGAUGUCAUGACAUAGUUAUACGAUACUAUAAUAUUACCGGCGAUACAAACACUUGUGUGCGGACGACUGGACACUGUACGAAGUGAUUGAACGACGCGCUGAUCAUUCGCCAAUAUUAUACCUAUUAAAUUAAUCUUUUUCCGCGUAAUCUUAAAAUUGUUGUAUAAUUAAUUUUUAAUUUGCAUAAAUAGUCUAGUAUUUUAGUCCGCUUUUUCUGUUGUCUGCCAAUUCAGACAUCCAAAUUACUCUGGUCGUCUUACAGUUUGUAAACGUUCCGCCGAGAACUCAAUAUUAUAUUGUUAGUACUUAGUAGUUAUCAUGUAGAAAACGCCACUUUACAGUAGUCCUCUUUUCUUUUCAAGUAUGGACUCGAUUGUCUCUAACAGUAGCGGGUACGAUCAAUCCGUUGACUGGGUACCAUUGUCUUUGACAUUUGUUGAAUAUCCAAAGGGGGAUGUAUUUGGAAAAUUAUUGGCACUUUUUAGUUUGACACCAUUUGUAAUUCUGUCUGGCUUUAUUUCAUUAAUUCUAUUUCGUCGAGAUUUACACACAAUAACUUUUUUCAUUGGUGUGUUACUCAAUGAAAUAUGCAAUACAAUUCUGAAACAUAUAUUACGUGAACCUAGACCCUUAGCUAGAAAUACAAAUUUAUUGUACUCAGAAUAUGGCAUGCCUUCAUCUCAUUCUCAAUUUAUGUGGUUUUUUGCAUCAUACAUGUUUUACUUCACAUUUAUAAGGUUACAGUAUGCUAACAACAAGGCAUUUAAAGAGUUUUUCUGGAAAGUUGCUGGAGCUGUAUCAUGUAUUGCUAUUGCCUGUAUAGUUUCUUAUAGCAGAAUAUUUCUACAAUAUCAUACAUGGAAGCAAGUAAUAUAUGGAGCACUGUUUGGUAUUAUUAUAGGUACUGUUUGGUUUACCAUAAUUAAUGUGGUAUUGACUCCUUAUUUUCCAACAGUUAUAUCAUGGAAAAUAUCAGAACUCUUUUUGUUAAGAGAUACUACUCUGAUUCCCAACGUCUUAUGGUUUGAAUACACAAAUAUUCGUCAUGAAGCAGGAGCAAGAGCCAGACGCCGAAAAUCGAUUUCUGCAAAAUCUCAAUGACUAAUAUUUUGAAAUUAUUAGAAUAAUAAUAAUAUAACCUGUCCAAGCAUUUAUAAUUAUGUAAAAAAACAAAUACAUAAUAUACUUUUAUUUUUA